GAGUCAAAGAUUCUUACACUAGAAAACGAGAUUCGCUUGCUUGAGGAUGAAAUCACACGGCUGCAUGAAGAUGAUCUAAUUACACCGGCCACAUCCACAAGCAGCGGAAUCGAGGACUUUGAUAAAACUCUACAAGCUCUUAGAAGCAACGAACGUCUUCUAAAGUCAAAAGAUAUCUCUUAUAUUAAUGCACGUUUUCGUCUUAUUCCGAAUGAAGGAAAUUUGAUUACCAAUCAGGUUCUAGCUAGUACUGUAGUUACGGUUCACGUGCAAUACUUUGUACGUUAA